AUGACGUUUCGUAAGAAGGGCUCCAAGAACCCCCCACUCCUGAGCCUGGAAUUCAUCCUGCAGAAUCAUGCGGACUUUGUCGCCUGUGUGGGGAUGUUCUUCGUGCUGGGGCUCAUGUUCGAGGGGACAGCAGAAGUGUCGAUCGUUUUUAUUACUCUCCAGCACGGGGUUACCUUCCCUGCAGCCGAAGCAGAAGCAGAACGAGCCACAGCACCCAAGUUCCUUUAUCACUAUGGUGCCAAAGACUUGGCCACCGUGUUCUUCUACACGCUGGUGGCGAUCAUCAUUCACGCCACCAUUCAGGAGUAUGUGUUGGAUAGAAUUAACAGGCGAAUGCAGUUCCCCAAACAGAGGCAAGGCAAAUUUUAUGAAUCUGGUCAGUUUAGCGUAUUCUUCCUUGUCUCCUGUAUCUGGGGCACAUUCAUUCUAGUCUCUGAAAAUUGCCUGUCAGACCUGACUGCCUUAUGGAAGGCUCAUACCCAUAACAUGAUGACAUUUCAGAUGAAGUUUUUCUACAUCUCCCAGUUGGCUUACUGGUUUCACGCCUUCCCCGAACUAUUAUUCCAGAGAAGCAGACCUCAAGAACUCUCCCAGCAAGCUGUAUAUGUUGGUCUUCACCUCUUUCACAUUGCGGGAGCUUAUCUCUUGUACUUGAAUCACCUGGGACUUCUUCUUUUGAUGAUGCAUUAUUUUGUGGAAUUCCUUUCCCACUCUUGCGACCUGUUUUAUUUUAGCGACGAAAAGUUCCAGAAGGAGUUUUCUCUGUGGGCCAUCGUGUUUAUUUUGGGUCGACUUGUGACUUUAAUUGUUUCUUUGAUAACUGCUGGUUUUCAGCUGGCCGGAGGGCAGAAUGGGAGUUCGGAUGACCCUGCCGAAGAUGUGAACGUGUUGGCAGCUAAAAUUGCCGUUCUGUCAUCCAGUUGCUCUAUCCAAGCAUACGUAACAUGGAAUUUAUUUAAUGUCCAGCUUCAGAGGUGGAUGGAAGAAGAUGCUCCUCUUCAGGCCCCAAGUGUGAAGAAGAAACGUAUUAAGGGCAGAUUUUGUAGAAAAGGAAUGGAAAACGGUGUGGCAACUUCUAAUUGACUACUAGAUUCUCCCCAGAUGAGGAAAGAAAAGUCUUCAUAAUGAAUUUGCAAGUUAAUUGACUAGUGUCUCCAAAGAAGUCUGCUCUUUACUAUAACAUACCUUUCUUUGCUAAGAGAAGGAAAUGGCAACCAGUAUUCUUGCCAGGAUAGUCCCAUGGACAGAGGGGCCUGGUGGGCUGCAGUCAGUAGGGUCUCAAAAGAGUCGGACACCACUGAGCAACUGAGCUCGCGCGUACACACACACACGCACACACCCACUCACACACACACCCUAUCUUCCCUAGAGAAUUUUCUGUUCUUGAAAAUAUAUUGUCUUUGAUUUUUGUUACUGUACUCUGUAAGGUAUUUUUGAAGGCAUUUGAGGAGAGAAUAUUAUGAGUGCAAAAAAAUUUAGACUAAGCUAUUCAUCAUCAAAAUAGUUUAAAUAUUUCUACGCUGUUUUAUUUUAUUAUUAUUAUUUUUUACCUUUGAACAUUUUCCUAAUGAUUUGUAGAGAUAACUCCAAAAUCUCAUGUGUCAGUGACACAGUUCUUACUCCUGCCAAUCUUUUGUAAUGUUAACAAGAUGGUCUUUUAUAGCGAUGACAUAUUUUUAAUGUUCUCUUCCAGGAUAAAAUAGAAAUAUUAUAAAUCUGGAAUUCGACUUCAUUAAUUUUUCUGUAUUCCCUAAGUCUUAGAAUUUUUUUUUUUAAUUUACAGCUGGAGAAAAGAUUUGUAAAAUUACCAAAAUAAUGAUGUGUUUUAUAGGUAAUGGUUGUUACAUCCCACUAAAAAC